UUGGUUUCUGUUCACCGAGGAGAAACGCGCGGUAUUGUUGCUUUGAGUCGCCGGUCGUGAAAACCGCCGCAGGAAGCUGUGUAUCGCCGUCUGCUCGUUGUCGGAGAAGGAGACUGGCCGCUGCAUACAGAAGCAGCACGCCGUGGAUCUUCGUCAACUGGACGGACUGUCGCACAUGGACUGCAGCUCGUCGUCCGCCGGAAGAGGUCGCCGGAGUUGAAGCUGAACAGGGGAGGGGCGGCGGGAGGGAGAAGCAAGAAGAGAGGGUGGGCGGCCCGAUCCGCUCACAUUUUUUGAAUUUUGCAGGUUUGGCGUAGGAAGUUUAAUAUCAGACACAAAUGUUUUGUUGCACAAAGGUUGCAUUGUAUACAUGUCUCCCCAAAACAAGGUUCUUCCUCAGGCUCUUCCAUGGCCUCCCUCCUCAGGUUCGCCGUUUUUCAACUCAGGAACAAUUCCUCUAUGGAAGGUUCAAUCUCGGUCAUGACCCCUUUGCUCAGCUUUCUUACAUGGAACUCUCCCAAAAAUUCUUUGAGGCCAUGAAAGCUUGUACUUUUCUUGGAUCAAUAUCCAUUGCAUCAAAGCUUCAUGGCCAACUCAUCUCCACUGGUUUGUGUUCCUCUGUUUUCCUCCAAAACCAUCUCUUACAUAUGUACUCAAAAUGUGGAUUAAUAAGUGAGGCUCUUCGGAUUUUCUUUGAUAGCGAGCAUCGCAAUGUCAUUACUUGGAACACGAUUCUUAAUGGGUUGUUGGAUUCUGGUCGAGUAAGGGAAGCAGAAAAGAUGUUUGGUGAAAUGCCCCUUAGAGAUGCUGUUUCUUGGACUGCAAUGAUGUCGGGCUACUUCCGUAACGGUCAAGCGGUGGAUACUAUUAAGCUUUUUGUUUCAAUGUUUCGGGAUUCAGAUUGUGUUCCUGACUUGUUUUCUUUCUCUUGUGCAAUGAAGGCUUGUAGUAGUGUUGGUUAUUUACGGAUAGCUCUUCAGUUGCACGGUCUCUCAGUGAAAUAUGGCAUUGGAAACAACGAAGCCAUCCAAAAUUCUGUCAUUGAUAUGUAUGUAAAGUGUGGUGCUAUUUAUGCUGCUGAGCAGGUCUUUCUAAGGAUUGAAAAGCCAAGCUUAUUUAGUUGGAAUAGUAUGAUCUAUGGUUACUCUAAAUUACACGAGAUGGGACGAGCACUUGACACUUUCAUGAAAAUGCCUGAACACGAUUCCGUCUCUUGGAACACAAUCAUUUCAGCAUUUUCUCAACAUGGCCUGCACACACGGAGCCUUAGUACGUUUGUUGAGAUGUGGAUUCAUGAUUGUCAACCAAAUUCAAUGACAUAUGCAAGCGUUCUUAGUGCAUGUGCCAAUAUCUAUGAUUUUCAAUGGGGUAAACAUUUGCAUGCUCGAAUUGUCCGCAUUGAACCCUUUUUAGAUGUUUUGGUGGGCAAUGGGUUGGUAGAUAUGUAUGCAAAAUGUGGACUCAUCGAAGCUUCAAAAAGGGUAUUUAACUCACUAACCGAACGCAAUGUAGUAACCUGGACUUCACUAAUAAGUGGAAUUGCACAGUUUGGAAGUCAAGAAGAAGUUUAUGAUAUUUUUUGUCGAAUGAGAGAAGAUCGUGUUAUUAUGGAUGGCUUUAUUCUUGCAACUAUUCUUGGUGUAUGUGAAGGAGAAGAAAAUAUUUCAAUUGGGGAGCAAUUACAUGGAUUUGCGGUGAAGACUGGGAUGGAUUCAUCUUUGCCUGUAGGCAAUGCUACUUUGACAAUGUAUGCAAAAUGUGGAGAUGUUGAGAAGGCAAAUCUUGCUUUUGAAACAAUGGCUGCUAGAGAUGUUAUUUCAUGGACAACAAUGAUCACUUCAUUCACUCGCAAUGGCAAUGUAGAAAGAGCACAGGAUUAUUUUGACCGAAUGCCAGAGCGUAAUGUCAUAAGUUGGAAUUCAAUGUUAAGUGCAUAUUUCCAGAACGGUUAUUGGGAAGAAGGUUUAAAAUUAUACAUUUGUAUGCUAAGACAAGAAGUUAGGCCCGAUUGGGUCACCUUUGUUACCACGAUUAGUUCUUGUUCGGAGUUAGCAAUUUCAAAACUUGGAACACAAAUAGUAUCCCAAGCAGUAAGAGUAGGGCUUGGUUCUGAUGUUUCAGUUGCUAACAGUGCAAUUACCUUGUAUUCUAGAUGUGGUAAAAUUGAAGAUGCGCAUAAAGUUUUUGACUCAAUACAAGAGAAGAACUUGAUUUCUUGGAACUCAAUAAUGGGAGGAUAUGCUCAAAAUGGUCAAGGCAGGAAGGUGAUUGAACUGUUUCAGAACAUGUUGAUGGUUGGUUGCAAACCUGAUCAUAUCACCUAUGUAGCAAUUCUCUCAGGUUGCAGCCAUUCAGGCCUUGUAAAAGAAGCAAAACAUUACUUUAACUCCAUGACUAAAGAUUUUGGCAUCUCUGCAACUCCCGAGCACUUUGCGUGUAUGGUAGAUUUAUUUGGUCGAGCUGGGUUACUAAAGUCGGCCAUGGAUCUGAUUGAUCAAAUGCCAUUUAAGCCAAAUGUCACCAUAUGGGGCACUCUACUCAGCGCUUGUAGGAUCCACCAUGACACUGAAAUGGCAGAGGUGGCAAUGAAGAACUUGCUAGAAUUGAACGCUGAACACUCUGAAAGUUACAUUCUGCUAGCAAAUGUCUACUCCAGCUCUGGAAAGUUGGAAUGUGUUUCUGAUGUGAGACAGUUGAUGAGAGAGAAAGGAGUACAGAAAGAUCCUGGUUGCAGCUGGAUAGAGGUGAGCAAUAGGGUCCAUGUCUUCACUGUCAAUGACACAAACCAUCCACAAAUCAAGGAUAUUUAUAAGGCAUUGGAAGACAUUGUUAAGAAGAUCAAAGAUGAUUAUGGUUAUGUCGAUGCGUCAAGUUCGAUUGGCUAUCAUAGUGAGAAGCUUGCUAUUGCCUUUGGUUUGAUUAGCUUGCCUGAUUGGAUGCCAAUCCAUGUGAUGAAGAACCUUCGAGUUUGCAACGAUUGUCACCAGGUGAUGAAAUUGAUUUCUCUUGUUUCCAUGAGAAAACUUGUUGUGCGCGAUGGGCACCGAUUUCAUCACUUGGAGAAUGGGAGUUGCUCUUGUGGAGAUUACUGGUAGUCAUAAACUUGAAUUCUGAUGCUUUGAUUUAAAAAAGGAUAGGUAGAAUCUUAGCACAUUACUGAACUCAUCUCCACCAGUGACUGUGAAAGGGAUGACGUGAGGGUGUGCAUCCAGUGAUUUGAUUCAACUUGCUGGCUUUAUCAUGUCUUGAGUUUACGUGACUCUAAACGAAUCGAUUAAAGAUGCAGGGACAUUAGAGAGUGAAAG